AUGUUCCGGAGAAAACUAACAGCUCUGGAUUAUCAUAAUCCCACUGAGUUUGACUGCAAAGGUGAGGAAAAUAUCGUUAAAAAGCUAAAAUAUGUGGUUUUCUGAGCUGUUUAACGUGGAGCUGGUGUUACGCGUUAUUGAGCUACCCUUUUAACUGACGACUUGCAAGACGGUUUCAUCUGUAGUUGUAUUGUUUGCUGCGGAUGUAGAAAACAGAAAGUAAAUAUGCCGCUAUUCUAAUGAUAUGCUUGCUCAUUUUAGACCCAAAAGAGGCAAUGCAAUACGAAAAAGACGUAUUUGUUAAAGCAGUUGCAUUUUCGACAGUCGUUGUAACAGUAGACGUCAUUUACAGACGCAUCCGGACUUAGUCGUCAGUUUACAGGGUAGCGAUUUGAGCCAAAACACCAGUUAACGUGUACGUAUAGGGAGCCCUAUACUGCCAAACUUUACCUAAAAUUCGUGGCUAUAUUUUGGUUUUGGAGGACAGAGUUGUUGUUUUUUCAACGAAUAUAAGUAAUAUUUUUCAUACAGCUUCUUAGCAUACCACACUUCUAUUCGGCGUAGUUAGUUUAAAUAUACAGUGAUGGAAAUUGUCAACUUUGUGUGCAAUGUUUCAUGUCAAUAAGUGACUUUAAAAUGACCAACUUUCACUUAGUCAUGUGAAAGGGCAACCUGAGUAUGUUUCCAUCUUAGUUGGCAUCAGCUGCAACUGAGCCGGCUAACACAGUGAAGUAAAAUCCUGAUUUAGAAGCACUCUAUAAAAUUUUAAUUGAUCAUGUCCAACUUUACUUAAACAUUACAGGGCUAAUAUUAAGUCACACUGGAGUACAAAGCUGCCUAGAUGUUGGCACCUUGUUCUGCUACUGUGACACUGUUUGUAUUGUCUCUGCUCAGAUGAGACACAGUAUAGGAACUGCAUUGUGUGGCUGGAGGACCAAAAGAUUCGACACUAUAAGAUAGAGGACAGAGGAAACCUGAGAAAUAUCCCCAGUUCGGACUGGCCCCAAGCCUACCAGAAGGUAUCACAGCCUAAUAUUGUAAUCCAAAAUCCAGCUGCAGUGAUAAUAUUCUGGGUUUUUGAUUAUUUAUUUAUUUUUUCUUUGUGCAGUACCUGCAGGACGUGAACUGCCCGUUUCAAGAUCAAGAGAGGCAAGAGGCUUUGGACUGGCUGCUGGGCUUGGCCGUAAGAUAUGAAUAUGGAGACAAUGGUAAGAUGGCAGGAUAUAUAUAUAUACCUCCUGCAUUUAUACAAGUGCAACAAUUGUGAUUGACAUAUCGCCCCUCACUGUUUUAGGGCCAGGGUAAAAAUGCUCAUGUCACGGUGACUCCCAUGCUGAGAAGUUGCUGUUUUGACCUUUUGCAUGUUUUCUAUCUCCUCAGUUGAGAAGUACAAGAAUUGUGAGCCGCUGGCUGCCAGCAACAGCAACAAAGCAGCAGACCCUCUCAUCAACCUUGACAGUAAGUAGAAACAGGGUCUGUUUCAUCGCCUCUUUGUCCCCAGUGAAGGACAAAAUUUAACGUUUGUGUUUUGCAGGUGACUCACCAGAAUUCAAAGCAGGAGUGACGGCUCUGUCCAACAUCCUGAAGAUACAGCGGCAUGACGACUACCUGGUUAUGCUAAAGGUGGGAGGAUGGACAUCUAUCUAUAUGUGGGAGACACUCUUAUUCCUGAGUACUGAAGAUGUUUGCGCUCUGUUUUCAUGUUUUUUUGUCAGGCCAUUCGUAUUCUGAUCCAGGAGAGACUUUCUCCAGAAGCAAUUGCUAAAGCCAACCAGAACAGAGAGGUAAAAUGAAAAUGCAAUCACAUCAUACCUACAGAUUAGGAUUUUCCAUACUUGAGAUUUUCUUUUUAUAAUGACAGUUUUUAAUAAAUUAUUUGGUUUCUAGGGUGUCCCGGUAGCUUUGGACAAGCACAUCCUGGGAUUCGACACUGGAGGUGACUAGUUUGUUAUACCUUCUCCUUUUCUUUAUGACAAAUGAUCGUGCUCUUACCUCACAAAUUAAGAUUGAGUUAAAUACGUUUCACUACAGAUGCAACUCUGAACGAAGCGGCCCAGAUCCUGCGUCUGCUGCACAUCGAGGAGCUGAGGGAGCUCCAGACUAAAAUCAAUGAGGCCAUCGUAGCCGUCCAGGCCAUCAUAGCCGACCCAAAGACAGACCACAGACUGGGAAAAGUCGGCAGAUGA